AUGUCAAUGUCAAAACGAUAUUCUAGCUCUAUCCUCUCUCCGCCCAUGUCACCAACACCAUCUGCGAUUUCCCGACCACAUUCCUCGAUUGGUCAGACUAGACCUAGACUCAGUAGUGAUGCGACUAGUACCCUUGGCGAAAGCUCAGAAAAGAAUGUUAGAGUUGUCUUACGUAUACGUCCUUCAGAUCCAAAUGAUCCGAGCGUACCACCUCGAUUUCGCACUGUCCUAGUCCAUCCCACUUCCCCGUCAGAAGUCAGACUUGAUGUCGAUCCUUCUGCUUUAGCAGGUCAAGCCGUAGGUACAUCCCAUGCAGGAGGGAUCAAGAGACAUCCAACAUUCACAUUUGAUCAUGUAUUGGGAGAACAAGCUACUCAGACGGAAUUGUAUGAUGCUACAAGCAAAGAAUCGGUUGACGAGUUCAUCAAAGGUCACAAUGUUACUUUCCUUGCAUACGGUCAGACAAGUUCAGGAAAAUCAUACUCAAUGGGAACAACAGGUGAAGAUAUAGAUUAUUCAGGAGCAGAAUUCACUCCUCGAACAGGUCUUAUUCCACGUACGGUUCAUACGAUAUUUGACAGAGCCGAAGAAAUAAGGCUACAGUCUGGUCCUGGCGCUUCUUGGGAAUGUCGACUGAGUUUCCUUGAGCUGUACAAUGAGGAAAUAAUCGAUCUUCUCUCCGGUACAGGACUAGCGAUUUCUAUUCGAGAGGAAAGAGACGGACGCAUCGUUUGGUCAGGUGUCAGAGAAAUCAAAGUAAAAUCCCUCAAAGAGGUCAUGCAGCUUUUACAAGAAGGUUCGGAAAGAAGAAAAACUGGAGAAACAACUAUGAACGCCAGCAGUUCAAGAAGUCAUGCUAUUUUUUCUCUUACACUGGUUCAAAAGAAAAGAAUCGGACCAACUACACCCACAUCUGGUAUACCCAGGAGUGAAACUCCCACACGUCAGUUGAGACGACCUUCGUCAACAAUCGGAUUACCAGGAUCAGGACUAGGAGGCCCACGGUCACCCACUCCUUCUGGUGGAAAAAGUGGACCGCCAAGUAGUUUUUCUGGAAGAGCAACACCUUCCAGACCAAUGUCAAUGCAGCCUCCACCUCCCCCUUCACCUUCCUCACAUGAAUUCGUCAUCACCACAAGCAAAUUCAAUAUGGUCGAUUUGGCAGGUUCAGAAAGAUUGAAACGUACAGCCGCCCAAGGUGAUAGAAUGAAAGAAGGAAUCUCCAUUAACUCAGGUUUAUUAGCACUGGGAAACGUAAUUUCGACUUUAUGUGAUCCAGUCAAAGCAAAAGGCCAUGUACCAUAUCGAGAUUCAAAACUUACUAGAAUGUUGCAAGAUUCAAUCGGUGGAAACUCAUUGACCACUAUGAUAGCCUGUAUUUCUCCAAUAGAAGCUAAUAUAGGUGAAACUAUCAAUACCAUAAAAUACGCUUCGAGAGCUAGAAACAUCAAGAAUACAACUAAAGUGAAUCAAGUUGAAGCUGGUUGGGAUGAUGUAGAACAUCUACAAAGUACAGUACUGAAACUGAGGAAACAAUUGGCUAUAUUAGAAGAAGAUGGUAAAUCCAAUUCUACAAAUGGUCAUUCGACUCAAGCAAGUGAAGAAAGUAUAAAACAAAGUGAAAAGUUGAUUCAGAGGUUGGCGGAAUUACAACGCGAACACACUGAACUGUACGAUCGAUAUCUUCAGAAAUGUAGUGAAAAUAUGCGAUUAUCUAGCGAGCUAAGAAGUAGAGAACCGGUAGAUAAUGAUGUUUCUAACAGAUUCAACGAUAUGGUCGAGCCGAUCAUUCUGGAAUACGAGAAAGUAGUAUCGGCUCUCAAUCAACAGCUCGACGAGCUGCGAGGAGAGUUGUCCGCUAUCAACGAGAUGUGUGGAGACCAAAGCCGUCAACUACAAGGAGCAAGAGACAGACAAUUCCAAAAUGAGAUCUAUGUAUCAGAGCUAAGGAGUAGGCUUGCCAAACUUACAGAACGCAACACUUCGAGCGAGGCAUAUAUUCAAGAUCUUGAGACCAAGCUGAAAGUUCAUUCCGAUAAAGAGGAUUCACAUUCCGAUGUAGUCGCAGAACUGAAGAAAGAUAUCGUCAAACUUAGAGAAAACAACGCUACUCUGAAUCAACACACCACGGAACUUGAAGCUAGAUUAUCUAAAUCCGAAACCCGAUCGAGCAACCUGAUUUCCCAAGUGGAGAAGCAAGAGAAAGAGGCUGAAAGAAGAGAAGCUGCUUAUCGGGAUUUGGAAGCUCAUAUUGCGUUAUUGGAUACUACGAAGGACAACAAGAUCCUUCUUGAGGACCUCGAUCAAAGGGACCAUCGGAUAUUGCAGCUCGAAAGAGACUUAGAAGAGAAAUCUGCUUUCGAGGAGAAAGAGAGAAGUCAAUUGCUUGAGAGUGUCAAAUUAGAAAAAUCUCUUCAAGCGGAAUUGCGAUCAAGACUCGCUUCCAUGCAGACUUCUUCUGCCAGUAGCAUUGAUGCUGCUUCAUCUUCUCCCGAAAGCGUCAAAGAAGGCUCCGAUUCAGUAACAAUGAAAGGCACACUCCCCAAAGCAACACAUGAGCUCACACCGCCUGAGACAACUCACACCGCGGAUAGAUCAAGGAAAGUCGACAGCGAAUAUGAAGUCGAAGAGCUCAAGAGAGCACUACGAGAGCUUUCUGAAAGAUACAGUAGUGCCGAAUCCCAGGUUGCUCAUCUCACAACACAAUUAUCGGAAUCUAAGAUCGGCAAUACUGAGACGGGCGGUGUCAUUACCCCUUCACCGACGUUACCUACAAUGGAAGAUGAAGAGGAGACCUUGAGUGAAGCUGAAACAACUCUCCAGACUCCGCGUGAUAGUGUGUCAUCAUCUUCUCCAUCAAGGAAAAGAGGCUCGAUGCCUAUCUUGUCGGCUACAAAGGUCCAAGGUGAAUCAGGUCAGGGUUUUCGAGGAGGGAGGGGAUACGGAGAUUCGAUGCAAAUGAGACCCCAAUCGCUCUCGCAGGAGCUAUCUUCUGCGCAAUCAUUGGGUACAUCACCGCGCGCUUCAUGGACACCUAUACAAUCGCAUAGUCGAAGUAAUAGCCUAUUACUAUCUUCACCUUCUCCGACAAAUUCGAUACACACUCUGAAACCUUCUAGAUCAAGUCAGUCUCUAGAAGCGGAACUCAAGUUUGUACAUCGUAUUGUCGAAGAAAGGGACGAAGAACUGAAAGAUCGCGAAGAGUAUAUACGUCAAUUAGAAGAGAAUCUCAGAGAACAAAAGCACAUCAUCCCCUCCCUAAAUACUAGUGCACAAGAAAACAACUACCUAAUACCUAUACCCACAAUCCCGGUGAAAACGCCCAGAAACAAUGAAUCCAACACCCUGCCUAUCAAUAUACCCUUACCUCAUAGCCCGAAACCCACUGUGGCUGUCCUUGACGCAACUCAUGUUGACGGUAAUGGCUACGACAGAAGUGGACUGAGAGUAUCAGAUAAAGGCCAGAUUGAACUAGGUGGAUUAUCACCUAAAUCCGUCAAAAGAUUCAGUCAGCUAAAGGAUACCCUUCACCAACUUGAGAAUGGCGGAGAAAAGAAAAACGAAGCCCAAAUCAAGAUUGACGAGUUGAUGAAGGAAAUGGUCGAUAAAGAAGAAUCACAGAAGAAGAUCAUCGAGCAGCAAUUCAUCCAGAUUGCCGACUUGCAGAGAACUAACAAUAAGCUUAAAGAGGAUCUGUACGAUAAGCACGUCGACCAAACGAAAAUUGCUGAGCUCGAGGAAUUAAAGAAAGAACGAGAUCAGCUCAUUUCCGAAAAGGCUCAAGCGUUCCCUUCUGUACCUUCUGCUUCACCCAAAUCUUCAGCUAUCGGCAUCACAGUGCUAGAUAAGAUGAAAGAAGAGCACGCACAAGAGCUGCACUCGCUGAUCAAAGGACAUUCCGGAACCAUCUCCAUCCUCCAAACUGAACAUGUGGCGGCCCUGGAAAGACUUCGAUCAACCGUCGAGUUCAACGAAUCCUCUCACCGAAAAGAACUACAGUCUCUAAAGCACAAGCAUAGCACUAUUAUAUCUGAUCUCCGACGUACCCAUGAUGAGACAGUAAAAGGUAUGCACGCUGAGAACGACCUCAUCGCUGAGGAGAUGGAACGAUCUCUUACCGAAAGCGAAGAAGAACGUCGGCAACUCAAGAUGAAAGCUGAUCAAGCUUUAUUUGAACUAUCGAGAAUCAGAGAUGAGCACGCUUUACAAAGGAACAGUGAUGCUAAAUCGAUUGGGGAAUUGACGAAAACUCGGUCUGGAUUGGAACGAUUAAAAGAUGAAUUGGAAAGUUCUAUCUCAGAAUUGAAAAGUUCAAAUAAAGAAUUGAAAAAGAAAUUGAUGGAAUCAGAAUUCAAAUUGAAUAGGAAAUCUACCAUUCCACCACCUCAAGGUCCACCACCCACAACGCCACUUCCACCCAUUCCCUCCAGAAAGACUUCGAUGGGUAAUUUGAGAUCUGGUCCCGUUUCACCUACUCCCACGAAUGAUGAGAUAUCUACAGAUACUGGCGAUUAUGUCCCAAGGCAAAGUUCCUCAAGUCACGGUCAUUCACAGUCAGAUAACGCUUCGGUCGCUUUAUCCAUCGACAAAGAUAAAGAACAAAUCUCAAAAUUGAUAAAUGAGAAAGAUCAAGUCGUAGGUGAAAAAGAGGAAUUAUUAGGCGAAAAAGAAGAUUUGAAAAAAGAAGUUGGUAAGAUCAAAAAGAAAAUGCAGGACUUUGAAAACAAGUUGAUGGAAGAAAAGAUCAAAGUUACUAAUUUGACUUAUGAUUUACGUGAAUCGACCAAGUCAAGAGAGAAACUCAAAGCCCAUCUCGAUGAAUCAAAGAGAGAACUUAAACAGUUAACCGAUACGUGUAACAUGCAUAUCACAGAGUUGAACGCUCGAAGAGAAGAAGCUUCUAGGUUCUCUGAAGAAGGUCAUAAAAAUAGAGAUUCGUUACAAGCUGCUCAAGCUCAAGUGGAUAGUCUAAAGAGGCAGUUGGAUAAAGCGGUUGAAACGAAAGUGAAUAAGCGAUUGUUAAAGAUUCUUGCUAGAAUCACUCAACUUUGCUCGAUUAUGCGGAUCAACUGA